AUGGCUGAAUGCAAUGCAGUAAGUACUCCCAUGGUCAGUGGAUGUAAAUUAUCUAAAGUAGAUGAAACUCCUGAUGCUGAUCAAACUAUGUAUAGGUCAAUGAUAGUUGUUCAAAGAAUAUUCAAAUACAUUAAUGGUACUCUUGAUUUUGGUCUUUGGUAUCCUAGAAAUGACAAUUUUACUUUGCUGGCUUAUAUUGAUGCUAAUUGGGCUGGUUGUGUGGAUGACAGAAAAAUCACCAAUGGUGCUGCAUUUUUUCUUGGUGAUAUUCUUGUGACAUGGGACAACAAGAAACAAGAUUGCAUCUCACUUUCUAUAACAGAAUUUGAAUAUGUUGCAACUACAUCUUGUUGUACACAGUUGCUAUGGAUGGCUCAAACUCUUUUGGAUAUGGGAAGGAUUAUUGGGAUUAGUGAAUCCGAUACUGGGAGUAUCAGCAUUGUUGAAUCUACUGCUUCUGAUGGAAUUGUUGGUGUUGUCGAUACUACUGGGGCUUCUAAUAUUGCUAAUGGUGUUAUUGAUGUAGUUGUUGCUACUGAUGGGGUUGAUGGUUUGAUUGGUGGGAUGAUUGUUGUUUUGGAUGGUAUUGUUGGGAUUCUCAGCCACAUUGGGGCAAUUGGUGCCUUUUUUGGUGCUGUUGAUAUAAUCAAGGACAUGGGUAACGCUUGCCAAUUUUGCACUUCUCAUCCUUCUGUCAUGAGCCCUCCUCAUGAUGAAGGAUCCUCUCUGCCUUCGCCGCCACCUAUUAUACCUUCUUCGCCUCUUCCAAUAUCAACUACAUUUUCGCCGCCUCUUUCCAUUGACUCCCUCAUUCAGAGCAUCAAGCAAGUUAAUCCGACUGAUGAAAUAGAUUCUCUCUUGAACUUCAUUGAAGAUCGGCUACGGAGGAUCAAGGGCACGCCAGAAAAAGCGUCUACCUCCUCUUCUCUGUUGGAUUCUGUAACCUCCACUACAACUCUGGCUGCUAAAGUCGUAGAUACUAUUACAACAGAGGCUGAAAAGCUAGCAAGCAUGGAUAUUGCUAAGGAAAUGGGAAGCUUAGCUUUGAGUGGGCUGAAGAUGGUGGGGGAAGCCCACUGGAUAUUACUAGGCUUGUCUGUGGCUGCGUGUGCACUGGAGAGAUGUGUGACUGUGACAUCUAAUGUCUCCGAUUGUAUCGACCUUUUGCAAGCAAUUGCUUUCCUUGCAAAAGAUCUGAAGCAAUUCAAGGAAGCGAUGCCUGGUGAGAGCAAAAGACUAUGCCAAGCGGUUCAGAUGAUAGUGGAGGGGGCAGUCAUGUGUUGUGACUACAUCAACAAGGAACGACUCUCCAGGUAUUGGUCUGCCACAACUACCCUGGCCCAACUUGAAAAGACAAAUCAAAGUAUAAGGGAUAUAAGGACCUCUCUUGGCUUACCACUUAACCUUCAGAUUCUUCAAAACACUAAACAGCUUCUUCGAAAGGCCACUGUGCGUUUUGAGGAAUCACCACUCAGGCUACUUGAGUUUGAGCCAGUCGGGAUUGAAGAAAAAGUAGCAGAGGUGAAAGCAUUAUUGGAUAUGGAAGGCACGGAGCCAGCGGUGGCCGUUGUGUUAUGCGGCUUCGGUGGUGUGGGCAAAAGCACGCUUGCGGCUUCAGUUAUUCAGAAUUUGUACCUGAACCAUCCCCAAUCUUGUGCAGAUUUCAAAUUUUGCAGAGUCAUAAUUGACGACAAAAGUGCCGAUGUAACAUCCCACAUCAUGAAGCUCCAACAAGAUAUUAUUUAUGAUUUUGGAGGAGUGAAACAGGAUUUGCGAAAUCCACAGGAAGGCCAUCUCCGUCUUCAAGAUGUCAUGGAAAACAAAUCCUGCCUUCUUUUCAUCGAUAAUGUCGUCGACAAAAGAUAUGUCCAUCAGCUCCUGCCAGAAAAUUUACUAUGGUUCGACAAAUCUAAGACUAUGUCAGCGGAGAAUCUGGGGAAGUCAAAAACAAAGCUGAGAAUAUUUAUCACGUCCCGAGAGAAAAAUCUUAUAUCAAAACUCAGUAUCACCUAUAAGGAAUAUGAUGUGAAUGCUUUUUCUAAUGAAACGGCAAGAAUCUUCCUGAGAGAAACAAUCUUACACAGUGAUGGACAACUGAAAGGCGACUUUGACGAAAAUGCUUUCAUUAACGAUGUUGCAGAUGCAUGUAGAGGCGUCCCAAUACUCUUGUCUGUUUUCGGGAAGCACUUAAGAGGUGAUAGAGAGAAAGCAAGUUACAAAGAAGCUCUCAAGGCGCUUCAUGAGGGAAACCCCGAUGGUUUUGCGAAGGAAGAAAAUCUCAGUAAACAGCUUUUCUUUGUUUACAGUAAGUUGGAGAAGGAAGAUCAAGAGGCAUUCCUUGAUAUUUGCAAAUAUUUUUAUGGUUGGGAAUGGGAUCUUGUUUGUAAGAUUCUAGAUGAAUCUACAGUUAAGACUCUUGAGAGCAAAAUGCUGAUAAAUAAAGGCGACUCGGGCGUCGUGAUUGUUCACGACGUCCUCCGCUUAAUGGGAGAAAAAGAAGCCGAACACACAAGGAUAUCAAAUUACAAAAAAUUAUUACAAGUCACAGAAGAUGAAGCAGAUCUCAGAAAUAUAAAGGGCAUCUCUCUUGUUGGGAACGAGACUUUAGUCACAGUUGAGACCAGGCAUUUAAAUGCCACGUGCAAGUCGUUGAGAGUACUGAUGAUUGGAGAUUGGGUAAAUUUCAAUGGGCCUCUUUGCAAUAGAACUUUUCAGAAUUUGAGGUAUCUUAGUGUGGGGGAUACGAUUCAUUUUCCAUUUGAAGACACUUUAAAACUGCACAACCUCAGAGCUUUUUUCAACAGAUCAAAGGACGGCAUGAAUUUGCCUAAGCUUCCACGGAGUCUGAGGAUCAUCUCUCAUCAUGUACCACAUCCCUAUGGCCAAUCCUUUGAAGCACUGCCAUUGCAAAACCUGCUCUCUUUACAAAGUUUUAUUGUGGAAACGAGGAUGUUGGUGAAACUUCCAGCGAAAUUUGGGUUCCCUGCAUCUCUACUAGAUCUCAAGUUGAAUUGUUGCGGGCAGCUACCGAAAGAUAUCAGUAUUCUGGCCUCUCUUGAGCGUUUGAAUCUGGAUAAGUGCCACUUGGAAGUUUUGCCUCAAGGAAUUGGAGAACUCAAGAAGUUGAAGCAUUUGAGCCUGCAAGACUGCACAAAGUUGGCUUCGCUGCCACAAGACGUUGGGCUGCUAUCUUCAAUGACUUGUCUGAGGCUACAAGGAUGCACGCUUCUUCAAAAUUUACCUGAUGACCUGGGAAAGCUGAGUGCACUGGAAGAGCUGAGCACGAGAGACUGUGAAAAUUUGAGGGAGCUACCUCAAGGAUUUGGCGGUUUAUCCUCUCUACAAAACUUGGACUUGACCGGAUGCAUCGCCUUGAAGAGACUACCAGAAAGCUUUGCGAAACUUCGGAUAGAGUCGCUCAAUCUGCAAUCACUGCUUAGUUUAGAUGAGCUUCCGUCAUGUUUUGGAAACAUGCCAUGUCUUUCUCACCUCAAAUUGAUAUACUGCAAUUCAUUAUCCACUCUCCCCAAUAGCUUCGUUCACUUGACAUGUUUACAGACCUUAGAAAUAAAUGAUUGCAGCAGCAUUGUAGCGCUUCCAGGAGACUUUGGCCAAUUAAGUUUGUUGAGUGAAAUGACUGUUGAAAUGUGUCCUAAACUGAAGGAGUUGCCUCAUGGAUUUCAAGCACUGACAGCCUUAAAAAAGUUGAAGUUGAUCUGUUGUUCCAGUUUAGUGAGUCUUCCUUCAGGGUUCGGGGAGCUCAUAUGUUUGGAAUCCUUGUAUUUAGAGGGCUUGUUAAUAUCGAGUCUUCCAGAAGGAUUCGGGAACCUUCAAAGAUUAGAUUUUUUACGGAUACGACUUUGUUUCAAACUAGAAAAAUUGCCAGACGAUUUUGAUAAUUUAGCAUCUUUGACUAUGACAUAUUUUAAUUAUUGUCCCGAGUUGGACGGCGCAGCAAUGGAGAGAAUAAUAAAAUUGCGUCAUUGCGAUAAAAGGAUCCGAUCUUUACAUGUUUGUCUCAUUUGA